UCCGGGUCCUCGCUGCCGCUCAACUCCGCGGGCCCGGAGGGGCCCAGCCCGCCGCACUCCCCGGCGGCCCGGCCUCCUCCCCUUGCGCGCUGUGCUGCCCGGCUGGCGCGCCGCGAGCCCAGCAUGGGGGGCAGCCGCUAGGGAGCCCCCUGCUACCAUGCAGAGUCCCGCUGCCCGGCCUGGGUGAGGGGCCUGCAGCAGCACCUGGCAGAGAGACCCUGGGCCCGAGGGGAAAGGGGCUGCCUCCAUCCAGCAGGAGACAGCCCUGGCCCCCCCGUCUCCCCCCUGGGUGGGGGCCGGCUCCACCUGCUGUUUGGCCCUGACACCGAGCCAGUGCCUGGGCCAUGUUCCCGCACCCCCUGGCCCCGGUGGCAGUGCGGGGUGCAGAGAUGGGUGCCCCCUCUGUGCGCCGGGUCGCAGUGCCUGCCAGGAUGCGGGGCGGCAGUGGCACCAUGCUGGUGCCCUCCAUGCUCAUGUUUGGGGUGAUUGUGGCUUCCAGUGGCCUGCUGCUCAUGAUUGAGAGGGGCAUUUUGGCAGAGGUGAAGCCACCACCACUCCAUCCCCCACAUGGAGACCACGCUUGGAGGAGCAGCAGUGACACCAGGGCAGUGGCCCCAGAGGACAUGGAUUACCAGGUGCUACAAGAUGUUCGUAACCGGACAAUCCGCACCAUGUGUGGGCAAAAGAACAUGCCUCACAGUAUCUGGGAGCUUUCAGGAGGUCAGAGGAAAACAGUGCUCAAACACAUCCUGGUCAGUGAUAAAUAUCGCUUCUUAUAUUGCUACGUCCCCAAAGUCGCCUGUUCCAACUGGAAACGAAUACUGAAAGUUUUGGAUGGAGCGCUGGAGAAUGUGAAUGUCAAGCUCAAAAUGGACCACAAGAGUGACUUGGUUUUUCUUGGCGACAUGAAGCCAGAUGAGAUCAGCUACCGGCUAAAGCACUACUACAAAUUUAUAUUUGUUCGAGACCCGAUGGAGAGACUUUUAUCAGCUUACAGGAAUAAAUUUGGAGAGAUCAAAGAGUACCAGUUAAAGUAUGGUGUGGAAAUAGUAAAAAGAUACCGAAAAAGCACCAGAAAGUCCACAGGGGAUGAUGUCACCUUUUCUGAGUUUCUCCAAUACCUAUUAGAUGAAGAGGCAGAGAGAAUGAAUGAACACUGGAUGCCCAUCUACAACCUAUGCCAACCCUGUGCGGUGAGGUACGAUUUCAUCGGAUCAUAUGAAAGACUGACUGUGGAUGCAAAUUACAUUCUUGAACAUGUUCAAGCACCUUCUUUUAUCCGUUUCCCAGAACGACAAUCAUGGUAUAAGCCUGUGACUCGGGAAACUCUACAAUACUAUAUGUGUAACACUCAACGUGGGCUUAUAAAAGAACUGUUACCAAAAUACAUUCUGGAUUUCUCAUUGUUUGCCUAUCCUCUUCCAAACAUUACUAGUGAAUUUUGCAGACAGUGAACUUUUUCUGUUUGUGGGCUGGUCUAUGCUAGAAUCUUAUGCUGAUAGAAUAAUGUGCAACAUUUUUAUACUGGCAGAAGCUCUAGUGUAAGCAGUUGUAUCGGCAUAAAAAUACUUUUGCUGGUGUAGAUUAUUUCACUCAAUAACCUGUAUACAUUCUACUGUCAAAAACACUUUUAUGCCAGCAUGAACUGCGGCUACACUAGAAGGGUUUGCUGGUAUAGCUGCACUGGCAAAAGCUACACUUUUCUAGUGUAGACAAAGCCUGUGAAACAGUCUGUGUCCUAUGCACGUUUCCUAAUUUUAUACUUUUUAAACCUUUUAAAAUAUCAAAUAUUAUAUGAUAUAUAUAUAGCCUUUACAACUAGAAUAUAUUUUACCUCUGUAUUGUUCCAAUUUUACUAUGUCUAUGUGCCGCUGAGUUAAGCACAAUAGCUUUUAUAUAUCUUUUUUUAAAAAACUUCUCUCUACAGCACAAGACAGUGAAUAUAUGCAAAAGAAUCAGGGAAUUGAUAUAUUUUAAGCACAAAGCAUUGUUCUGUUUUUGUAGUCCACGUUACAUUUUCUGGGGCAGAAUUACCCACAGCAUCAACUGUAUUAGCUGUUUUUUAAAGAGUUACUGCAAGAUAGUUAAAUUGUUCCGAGGUUGAACUGGUGGAAGCAGUGAUGGGAAAUUCUGAGAUAAAAGUAUUUCGUAAACUAGGCCUGAGUAUCCAUAAUCUUUACACUUGGGGAAUGCAUCUAAAGCUGACAAGUCAGUUCUUGUUCUGUGACGUAGCAGUGCCUGGGUUGUGGAGUAUUUUAUUUCAGUAUUGAACCACUGUUGUAUUCAUUGAAAAAGUUAAUGUGUUCCUCUUGAUACAAGAUGUUAACUCAAA